GUGUAGCUUCUAAACGUACAAAUUAAUUCUGAAUAACGUAAAAUGCAUCGCAAUUGAAUAAUAUUGAAUGAUGUAGAACGAUCCAUUUUAAAAUGUCAAUGAAUUUUUUUGUGAUUACUCUCAGUUUUGUAUUAUUCGUGGAAAUAGCUCCAACGUUUUCAAAAAUAAUAAACUUAGAUGAAUAUCCACGAAACAAUUGGCGAGUGAGACUAGAGUCAACAAAUAACGACAAUAUCAGACUUGAACAAAUUAAUAAAGCUGUUGAUUUGAUAAUUAAACAAGAACCAAAAGCCAACGACAUAAAUGAAUGUCUGAAACACAACAGUUUGAGGAAUCAUCUAAACUGCGUUAACUAUUUAGUAAAAAAAAACAAAUUUAAAAGGCGAAGCCACACUAACAUCCCAAAGCAUAAACAUUAUCAAUAUAAUAUAAAGAAAGAUUUUAAUGAAUACGACUCAGAUGAAAUAGAUUUAACUAAAUCAAAUCUGAAUAAAUCAUUCAAUAGUCGGAGUAACUUUUCGCAAGAUUACUUAGAUGUAGCAGACUUAUUGCGAACAAACGAAAUCACUAAGGGUACCAAUAAGACGAAGAACAGAUACAUUUUUAAAAUUGUACAACCGAAAAACAAAUACGGCAGAUUCGAUUAUGAUUUAUCGAGAUUCAGAAAGUUUAACCCGAAUUUAAAAUCAAAGAAAAGCUUGAGAUCCGACUCCAGUUCCGACUACAGUGCUUCUAGUGGUUCGCAAGAAGAUAGAAUGAGAAAAGGUUCAAAGAGUCACAAAACCUUUGAUAAAUCGUAUGAUAUUGAUAGCAGUGAAGAAGUCAGUUCUGAAGAAGAAAUAUUGACAUUCCAGAAACAAAAGCAUAUAAAAGCCGCGCCUAAGUCGAAGAAGAAAAUACCUAAAUUGAAAAAACCCCAAGUUCUCUACAUGCAAGGUCCAUCGAGGUUGUACGAAGAAGACAGUAGGAGAAGACUAUCAUAUUUCUUUCCAAAAAGACUUCACUGGGACGAAUAUGACAUGAAGACUUUGAGGAAUUACUGGUUAAAUGGACCGCAAGGGAAGUAUUCCGAAUACAGAACACCUUAUUAAUAAAAUAUAUUAACUUUCAAA